AUGCAAGCCCCUCAUCGGAAUCCGCCGCUGCAGCAAAAAAGAGAGACCAGGAGGACCGAGAACACAGCGCUUUCGGAGGAAGAAAUGAUCCAGACCUCCAAAACUUUGAUCCGUCGAGGUUUUGAUCGAGUAAAAGAAACGGAGAAACGCGGGUCCAGUUUUGAUCGAGUAACGGCUGAUAAGGCGAUGCCCGGACCGCUGGCAGCAUCGGAGGUGCCCGAUGCUCUUAUUCGGGGUGGAUUUGCUAUGAACCGACUCCAACCAACCACCGUUAUCCGCCUCUCAGAAAAUUUGUGCGGUGAGCCAUGGUUCACGUUGACCCGCUCAACAACAUGGCAAUAA